AUGGACAAUCAAGUACCCAGGAGGCGAGGUGGGAAGGCAUUCGUUAUUCCACCUCUUCCAACAUCAAAGCUCCCAGUGGAAAGAGAGGGGAAAGCGAGGUCACCUCUAGGUCGAUCUAGGCGCAAGAGAGGCGAUUUCCCGUCGUCUGAGGGUGGCGAUUUUGUGCGAAAUCAGCAGAAGGAAAACCGUCCAUUGGCACCUUUGAAUAAACUGAAGAAUGAGAGAGACAGUCGAGGUGUUCUAGCUCCACUUUCAUUUCCAAGCAAUGCCACGACACGAGCUGGUCGAUCAUUAUUUGCCGUGGGUCCAGCGGCUGCGGGGAAGCCGAAACAUUCUGCCCUUGUGACUUUGGAGAUGCCAAAGGACCCCUCUGGUCUUCUACCUUCCUCGCUCAAGCCGACGACAGUGAAUAGAAAAUAUGUUCAGAAUGUUCUCAAGAGAGGGGAGACCGUAGAAUCGCUUUUCGGUAUUACCAAUCGAAGUUCCCACACUUACCGUCAAUUCUGCAAUUCACUCGUCAAUGCAACACAAGCGAAUGCUGCUGGCUGGAGACAAGUACUGGAGCUGUCACAUGAGCAAGGAAAAGAACCCUCAGACUCUUCUAGUUCGAAUGAAACAACGCGUUUGCUACAACUUCAUCGACGAGCAAUAUCCUUGUUUCCCAUGGAGCGCGAGCAGCCUGACGAUCGGUCACAUGUUUUUCACAUUUGGCUUUCAUAUGCAAAGCUGUUGAACAAUAUUGGCUCACAGCAAGAGUAUCGCAAUACAAUGCGACAGAUUAGUGAGAGAUUCCUCCAUGGGACGGAUGCUUUUAUCUAUGUCGCUCUGUCGGAGCUUGAGGGCAAGUCCAACCCACUGAAAGCGAAAGAAAUCCUCGAAUUGGGUCUAAAGCAGAACGCACAACCUUCGGCGCUGUUGAAGGACGCUCUCUGUCAGCUUGCUGGUACAGACUCAGUUCCUUUUUACGGGGUCGAGAAAGGCCGUUCCAGACCAUGCAAAACACAGUCUUCAGAAUACUGCCCCAACCAGAGAACGACACUGGCACCAACCCACCAGAAAUCCUUGUCUUCCCCGUCGGCAGAGUCCGCGUCGACCGUGCGAUCAUCCAUGUCCACUAUGUUAUCUCCUAAAAAGCGAAUGACAAAUGUUGAAAGCCCCCGAAAACGGCGUCGAAUAGAGCUGAGUGUGCACGAAUACACCCCUGGAGGCAAAGACACGAAACUAGCCGAUCUGAGCAACAGUCGAGAACCAAGCCCGUCUUCAAAGACACUUUCGCAAUUCUCCACUCCACCAGCCUCAAACGUCAAGCCAAUGGACUGCCAUUCGGCUAUAUCCGUAUUCAUUCAAAACCAGGAAAGACCGAUCGCUCACAGUGCCCAUGGGAACGAAUGUGUCAAGGGCGCAAGAAUUCAUCAAAAUGUCUUGAGCAAACUGCCGACCGCAACCGAGAUGGUGACAAAGGGAAACCUCAACGAAACUCCUAAUCGUCAAGUUAGAGGGCCGCUUGCAGCGUCUCCUCGAAUCCAAAGCAACCAAAAGAUCGUCAGGAGAAUUGCCUCGGCCAGCAACGACGGAGACGUAGCCAACCCCACAAGACCUCCUUUGCCAUCUAAGACGCCGCGUUUGGCUCGCGUUGGCUUGCGGGGCAGCGCGCAACGAGUUGGAAUUGGCCAGGUGGCUGUCGACGACUCUGACAGUGAUGAGAGUGUCGAACAGGGAUGUGGCGGCGAGAACUCGACAUCCACGGAACAGAAAACAGCUCCUAAGCUAAGUGGAAUCGACCUUGACUACAUACUGAAAUGGCAUCCGCAAGGGUCAGUUGCCGCUGAGAAAGACAAAUCUCGCGACUCGCAACAACCAGAAGCGUCAAGUAGGUCAAAUGCUCCUCCGCCUAUGUCUGUCUCUCGCGGAUCUCAGAACACCACAAAUUCGUGUUCCCAAAACGUGGAACCAUCGUCAGAAGUCUCCCAACUCUCUGAAGCCACCUCUCGCUUCAGUUCUCAGUCGUCUGCCGGACGGAAUAAUGAGGCACAUACUGCUCCAGUUUCCUCGGUCGUCCCCAUUGCUGACAAGUGGGCAGCACGGGCCAAUCGAGACUUUCUGCCACUUGUAGCGGAAGAUAACAUCAUCAAAGUGAACCAUGUGCCGUACGUGAAGCUUGGAGUAAUUGGCAAAGGUGGCUCGAGCAAGGUGUAUCGGGCGUUGACCAAGGAUUGCUCGGUUGUUGCCAUCAAGAAGGUGAAACUAGCCGAUUUGGACGAGAAAGCUGUUGAAGGCUACGCGAAUGAGAUUGCAUUGCUCCAGCGACUGAAGGACAAUCCGGCCAUCAUCAAGAUGUAUGACAGUCAAGUCGACCGAAGCCGUAAUGCAAUCUUUGUCGUGAUGGAAGUGGGCGAAGCAGACCUCAACUAUGUGCUUCAGCAGCAAUCUUCUUCUUCCUCGUCCAGACGAGAUCCCAGUCCCUGCUUGAACAUGAGCUUUAUAAGGCUAACGUGGUAUCAAAUGCUGAAUGCCGUGCAAUGUAUCCACGAAGCAAGAGUUGUCCACGGUGACUUGAAGCCCGCAAACUUUGUGUUUGUGAAGGGGACACUAAAACUGAUUGAUUUUGGAAUUGCCAAGGCCAUUCAAAGCGACGAUACGACAAAUAUCUACCGUGAAAGCCAAAUUGGCACCCUUAGUUACAUGAGUCCCGAGGCAAUCAUGGGAACUGAACCGACCGAGUCGGGGGGAGACAAGAAAUUCAAAUGCGGAAGGCCUUCUGACAUCUGGUCUCUGGGUAUCAUUCUCUAUCAACUAGUGUAUGGACGCACGCCAUUUGGGGACCUUCAUUUGAUUCAAAAGUUGCGGGCCAUAGUCGAUCCCUCCCAUAAGUUGAAGUUUCCUGACCACGUUGACGAAGCCGCAAUCGACGUAAUGAAGCAGUGUUUAAGACGAGAGCCCAAAGACAGACCUCGAAUAGUGGGGGGAAACGGUCUUCUGAGCCACCGAUUCUUGAAGUACCGCCUGCAGUACGGUGGUGAUCCACAGUUGUUCCUUCCUCGUCCUGCACCAACCCUUUGGGACGCCUUGUCACUCUUGAAAGUUGACACUUAG